CUGUGCUACUCUAUGUAUCUAUGGCUCAAGGCUCAAGUGAGCAGCCGUGAAAAUAAAAAUUUAAUUCUUGAAAGAAUGGAAUAUAUUUGAUAAUUUAGAAUACAAAUUCAAACACAAAAUGUUCUCACGUUCCAAAUAUCUCGUUUCGAGAAUUCUGCCUUUAAAGAAUGCAUUUAAGUUAGAAUACCAAAAUGAAGCGCGUGUAUUGUACAGAAUCGCAGCAGUGAGACACCGCUCUACUACACCGCUUAAUACAAUCAUAAUGUUUGUACCACAGCAAGAGGCAUGGAUUGUAGAACGCAUGGGGAAAUUUCACAGGAUACUUGAACCAGGAUUGAACCUGCUAUGGCCUAUAUUGGACAAGAUAAAGUAUGUGCAAAGUCUAAAAGAAAUUGCCAUAGAUGUGCCAAAGCAAAGUGCUAUAACGUCUGACAAUGUCACAUUGAGUAUUGAUGGUGUGCUGUAUUUAAGGAUAAUUGAUCCUUAUUUAGCCUCUUACGGUGUUGAAGACCCAGAGUUUGCAAUCACACAAUUAGCUCAAACCACCAUGAGAUCUGAGCUGGGACAGAUAUCUCUUGACAAAGUGUUUAGAGAGAGGGAGUCCCUUAAUGUUUCCAUAGUACACUCAAUCAAUAAAGCAAGCGAAGCAUGGGGUAUCACCUGCCUUAGAUAUGAAAUACGUGAUAUAAAGCUACCAAAUAGAGUGCAUGAAGCCAUGCAGAUGCAAGUGGAAGCGGAGCGUAGGAAGCGAGCCGCCAUACUGGAGUCUGAGGGUGUGCGAGCUGCGGACAUCAAUGUAGCGGAGGGCAAGCGGCAGGCGAGGAUAUUGGCUUCUGAGGCGGAAAAGCAGGAGCAGAUCAACAAGGCGGCGGGCGAGGCGCAAGGCAUGCUGGCGGUGGCCGAGGCACGCGCGAGGGGGCUCAAACUUGUGGCUGGCGCGCUCUCGGGGCCGGAGAGUAAAAACGCGGCUUCGCUAAUGGUCGCCGAGCAAUACGUAUCGGCGUUCAACAAGCUGGCGCGCACCAGCAACACGCUCAUCCUGCCCGCCAACGCGGGCGACGUGCCCAACCUCGUUGCUCAGGCCAUGUCAAUAUAUUCAACGGUAACCGCACACAACAAACAAAUCCCCCACGGUGAGCCCAUCAUACCCGACAUAAUGUCCGAGGACCCGAUGUUCAAGCUGACACUCAAUGAGAAGGGGUCAACGUUGGCUGGUCAGCCCCUCCCCAACGAAGAGGACAGCUUAGCGGAAUAUUACUCCGACGACGAAGAGAGACAGAAAGCGCUACAGGCUCAGAAAGAUAAGAAACAAAUAGCGUUAGAAAGGGAAACGUAGACCUGUUAAGUAAAGAUUGUUAAAAUAAAAGGAUAUAUUUAA